UUUCCAGUUUAAGUGCUUCAUUUAAUCAAGGACUUCAUCAGAGUCCAUGCCAAGACUUCAUUGGUGUGAGAUUCUGUCAUUCAUUUGUUGGGGAUUCUGCUUCAACCAGCUGUGUCUGCGCCCCACAGGAAUUUCAGUCAGGAACGUGCAACUAUAUGCAGGAGCCAAUUAGGCAUUGUAGAACAAGUGUUCCUUGCUUAAACCUUUCCAGUGGGCGGACUUUGUUGAGAAUGAGAGAUUUUGAAUUAAUAACUAGUAGUAAGUCAUCCAAUAAGUGGUACCAAGUUGACCCAGGCCUUAGAGUAUAUUCACAACCUGCUGAGUCUUCAAGCAAGAAAGACACUGAUGGGUCUGAGAGUCAUGAAAUGCCCUUGUGUGACCCAGAAACAAAGUGGAAAGUACCUCAACAUAUGUGCCAGAGAAGCCAUCAUUACCAGCAAGUUCAGGCAGAUGAAGCUGAAGAAAAAGUUGACAGCUAUCAGGAAGCAGUCAGGUGUCUUAAUUCGCUCCAGUCUAAUGCAUCUGUCUUGCGGAACAUUAAAGAAACCAAAGAUUCCAGAGCCCAAGAGAACAUUCCUGAAGUGGAGAAACACCUGCUGGCAUUAGGGAUUUCCCCUGAUGAUUUGGAUAGGUUGAAUGUGAUCCAUGUCUCAGGAACAAAGGGGAAAGGAUCCACAUGUGCCUUUGUUGAAUCCAUCCUUCAAAAACAUGACAUCAGCACAGGAUUUUAUUCUUCUCCCCAUCUGGUGGCUGCUAGAGAACGGAUCAGGAUCAAUGGAGAGCCACUCUCUGAAGCUCAGUUCACUUCUUACUUCUGGCAAGUAUAUCACCAAAUCAGAGAUGCUCAGGGAGAUGGUGCUGUAAUGCCUCCAUACUUCAGGUUCCUGACAUUGAUGGCCUUUUAUGUCUUUCUUGAAGAAAAAGUAGAUGUUGCCAUAUUAGAAGUUGGAAUUGGUGGGCAGUAUGAUUGCACAAAUGUUGUCAGGAACCCAGUUGUGGUUGGGAUCACAUCUCUUGACCUGGAUCAUAUGCAUAUUCUUGGACAUUCAAUUGAGCAGAUUGCAUGGCAUAAAGCUGGGAUCAUGAAGGUAGGAAGGCCUGCAUUCUCUGUGCCACAGUCUCCUGGUGCCAUGAAUGUAAUCAGAGGAAGAGCAAAAGAAAUUGGGAGUCAUCUUUAUGAGGUCGACAUGAUGAAAGUGGAGGACUGGAGCAGGAGAGGCAUACCUCUUGGUCUCAAUGGGGAAGUACAAGCAGUGAAUGCAUCUCUUGCCCUUCAACUUGCUCGCAUCUGGCUCCAGGUGCAUCCUUCUCACUGUAGGGAAAGCCGCAUCUCACUUCCAGAGGAGCCACCACCAAUCUUCCCAGUCUCAGAUAGGGAAAUUCAUGGACUGAGUGAAACUGUGUGGCCAGGAAGGUGCCAAGUAUUCAAGAGAGGCAGGGUCAUCUAUUGCUUGGAUGGGGCUCAUACUUGUUCCAGCAUGAGUGCUUGUGUCAAGUGGUUCUCAGGCAUUCUGGACUCUGUCAUCAGGUGA